GCUAAAAUCGUUGACAACAGCCGAUCACCGCGACCAAGUCACACGAUAUAUUCAACCUAAGAGCUAUCCAUCAUGGGAGAGCCAUCAGAAGAAGCGACCGUCAAGCAUGAGCCCACCGGGAAGUCGACACCUCGCAAGCGAUCAAACGCUGCCAACGACCAUGAUAGCGGUUCUCCUCAGAAGAAGGCCAAAGGGAAUCCAGAUGGGGAGAGAAAGACGGGGGCUUGGUCGAAAGCAGAGGACAAGCUUCUUUUCGAGCAGGUUUGGCAGAAGGCAACAGGAGUCAAUUGGAACCAGGUUUCCGACCGAAUCGAAGGUCGGGAUUAUCUAAGCUGUCGCAACAGGUCGAAGCAAUUGGCCAAGAAUCUCGAAAAGUUCUUUGCGGAAUAAGUCGCCGUGA